GACCUUAUGAUCUUGUUAGAACCAUUAGAAAAAGCUACAAAACAUUUAUCAGCUGCAUCUUACCCAACUCACAGUAACAUCCAGUUUGUUUUCAUGAGUUUUCAACAGCAUCUAGAUGUAUAUAUUAAAAAAGAAAGAUUUUCUCAAAAUAAUGUAGCUACUUCUAUGAAUAAAAAAUUAGUUAAAUAUUGGGAAAUAAUGGAUAGCUCUUCGAUAAUAUCAGUGGUUCUUAAUCCACGUACUAGACUUAAAAUUUUUAAUGAUAUUACAAAACAAGAAAAUGCUAUUAAUUUAACUCAUCAAGCUUUCAAUCUCUAUAAGUCUCAACUUAAACCAUCUGUACCAUGUAACAAUAUGAAUAGUGAUGAACCUGAACUAUAUACUACUCGACAAUUUUUUUGGCAAUUGGGUUCUCAAGAUUAUUAA